AUGGCGGAAUUCUAUAAUGACAAAGUAUUCAUCAAGCAUGAAAUCGAGCACAAUCCUAAACCUGAAGAUGCGGGAAGAAUCAAAGUCUAUGCGACUAUUGUCUUGCCCGAAACCUUAUAUCCUAGAAUAGUUUGGCCGACAGUACUCGUUUGCUCCUUGCCUGCCAAAGAGCUCCAUUUGGAUAACUCGUGGAAUUAUAGAUGGGAACAACUGAGUUGCUUAGAGGACGAAGAAUGUCUCACUCACUAUCAGGUUCUUUGUGCCAAGUAUAAACUCACUGGACACGUCGUUGAUGUUUUGCGUUCCGUUAACUACUCUCCAGAUUGUGCUUUGUCAGUGUAUAUUACCUUUAAGUCUAGAGGUCCUUUUACGGCUGAAGACUAUGCCGACAUGUAUAGAUCACGACGAGCAAUGGAAGAGCAAAACUCGAUACUUGAAGGGGAAGUGCCGAUACUUGAAGUGGAAGAGGCGAUACCUGAAGAGGAUGUGCAAGUACACUCAUUUGGUGAGGAUACCAUCGAUAUCCCGGUUAAGCCGGCAAGUAAGUUUGCGGUUGACUCGUUGCCAAGGAAAGUAUACAAAAAGACGUUGUCCGGUUCCAACAUGUGCACAGUUUGUUUGGAUGGCUUUAAAAUGGGAGAAAGCGUCGUGACCUUACCCUGUGGACACGAGUUUGGCGAUAGCUGUAUCCUCGGUUGGUUUGCCCGCAAUCAUGUGUGUCCAUUGUGCCGUUUCGAGUUACCAUGUGAAGAUUAG